AAGAGAUGAUUUUUAUUUCUGAUUCGUUCAUUUUUAACAUGUGAUCUUACUGAUGCAAUAUAGUUACGGCGGACAGGACAGGACAAUUUGUUUUCAACUUUUGAAUUGUAUUGGCUCUAUUAAUGUGCCCUUGGUUUUCAAGAUGCCCUUAGCAAAGCAUUCAUCAGUACUAUUUAUUCAAGAUGAUGGUAAAAACGGGGAUGCACAAUGAAAUAUUAUAUGAUUACUCGUUUUUUUUCUCAGAGGGUAACUCCUGGGAGUCGUUAUGUCAAACCUUUGACUGGUAUCAAGGAGUACCUGGUACAAAAAUGCUUUGGAUUUGUUCAAGGCUAUGAGAAAAUCCUUGAGACCAAAUUUCCUAGUGCUUUUAAGAUCUAUCAGGUUUUCUCUGUAGGUACAAAAUCUCUGUAUACAGACAUCAAAGAAUACAUUCGAAUAUCAUCAACUCUAAGUGCAGGGAAGUCUGUGAGAGAUUUGGAAAGGAAGGAGCUUGAAGUUUACUUUCAAGUCCCAAAGGACUUGAUGAAAGUAGCCCCAGUUCUUUUACUGGCUGCUCUUCCAUUUGCUAAUUAUGUUAUUUUACCUGUGAUAUAUUUGUUUCCUAGAAAAUGUCUCUCAUCUCAUUUUUGGACUCUUCAACAGAAAGUUGAUUUUUCAAUCAUUCACCAAAAGAAAAAAUUAACAUAUUAUAGACCAGUGUUUCGUAAUCUUCAAGCGCGAGUGGAGUCUAUAGAAGAUCUCACUUUGAGAAACCAGUGUCAGAACUUAUUUUAUAAAAUUGGUAGUGGAACUCAUCCAAGCACUGAUGAAAUUUUACGUGUAAAAAGAUUAUUUAUAGAUAAACCUUAUGGAGUGUUUAAUUUAUCAGCUGGUCAUUUGCAUAACCUUUGUCGUAUGCAUGGUAUCUCUACUCUGCCUGGAAAACAGUGGCGUCUGUGGAAGCAUGCUGGAUUUAUAAGAGAAAUGGAUUUGGCUAUUCACAGGGAAGGAUGGCAGAGCAUGUCACACCAUGAUCUCCGGCAGGCUUGUUUUUUAAGGGGAUUGAGCCCAAUAGGUUUGUCUACAGAAGAAAUGAUAGCUUGGCUUUCACAAUGGAUAUAUGUUGCGCAAAACUGUGAAAGUCAAAGCUUGUCCCUGCUUCUCCAUUGCCCCAUAUUUCUGUCUUACAAUUAUUCCACCAACUGGGUCCUCAUUCAUUGAUUUAGCAAUAAAAAAAAAUGUCUUUUUCUCAAUAUUGAGUAGAUUAUUUAAUUCAACUCUGAAAAGUGGCAUCUCUUUUAUUUUUUAAGUCGUAUGUUAAUUAAUUAGAAAGAAAUGAAUUUGAAUGUUUAUGUGUGGACAUUUGCAUAUGCACAUAUCUGAAUCAGAAUAUAAAAAUUUCUUCUUAUUAUUAUUUAUUUAAUUAUAUAAAUCAGAAAAUAUACAAAAGGGGUUGUCACCUCUUAUGAUACAUUUUCAUACCAGCGCUAGAAAUGUCUUCCAUGUAGCAAAUUGACUAAUGAAAUCAUAUCAUUAAAUUGUUUGUUGUUUUUGAAUUCCUUACAUUAUGUCUACAUAUUUUGAAAUUUAAAAAAUUAUGCAUUGUACAAAAUAAUAAAAUCCAUAUGGAGUACUAUA